AUGAGCACAGCCAGCGAUGUGGGAAAGGCUCAGAGCAGCAAACUCGCGGGGAGGGCACUCUUUGAAAGAAUAGGCAAACCAACUAAGAUUGUUGCACCGAUGGUCGAUCAGUCAGAACUUGCAUGGCGGAUCCUUUCCCGCAGGUACGGCGCUACGUUAGCGUAUACGCCGAUGUUGCAUGCCAAACUCUUUGCCACAUCUGAAAAAUACAGAAGAGAUAUGUGGAGCGAUCUAGACGGAGACGAGAGCAUAGACCGACCACUGGUCGUCCAAUUCUGUGCAAAUGAUCCGGAGUACCUCCUAAAGGCCGCACAGCUGGUGGAAAAUAAGUGUGACGCUGUCGAUUUGAAUCUUGGAUGUCCGCAGGGAAUCGCCAAAAAAGGGCACUACGGAUCCUUCCUGAUGGAAGAAUGGGACCUAGUUGCAAAUCUAAUCAAUACAUUGCAUACAAAGCUGGCGGUUCCGGUUACGGCCAAAAUCCGGAUAUUUCCUGACAGGGAGAAGACACUUGCAUAUGCCAAGAUGGUUCUAGAUGCUGGCGCGCAGUUUCUGACAGUUCAUGGACGCUUGCGUGAACAAAAAGGCCAGCAGACCGGGCUGGCUGAUUGGGCUACCAUAAAGUACCUCAGGGACAACCUACCAUCUGACACAGUUUUUUUCGCUAACGGAAAUAUUCUGUAUCCAGAAGAUAUUCCCCGCUGCAUGACAGAGCUGGGAUGUGAUGCCGUGAUGAGCGCAGAAGGUAAUCUUUACAACCCUGGCGUCUUUAACAUAGAGCACAUCGGUGAUAAGGAAAAAACAUUCCCACGCGUAGACAAGGUACUGCGUGAGUACUUUGAGAUUGUCAAGCAGCACAACUGCUCUGUCGCUUCCAGAACCGCUAUGAAAAACCACUUCUUCAAAAUACUCAGACCGUUCCUUCCCAACCACGUGGAUAUCCGUUCUCAGCUCGCGCAACUUUCUCCGAAGCACCCGUUCGAGGAAUGGGAGAAUGUGGUGGCUGCGGUCGAGCAGGCGGUGUUGGAUAUCUUUGCGCAACCGGACAUAGCUACGAAAGAUGUCAUCACUACUCAUGCUCCCCAAGCCUGGGGCGGUGCGUACAAAACUGUCCCGUACUGGCGGUGUCAGCCUUACUUCAGACCUGUCAAUGGUGUCACCGCAGACAAGCGGGUGGCCCAGCAAUUUGCGGAUAAGGAUGACGUCGACAUACCCAGCUGUACGCCUUCUGCCGUAAAGCGAGAUGCAGACCAAGAUUUGGAGAGCGACAAGCGCAAGGAACUGCGGAAGGAACCCGCUUCUACGUAG